UUUAUUCUACUCUACGUAGGAACGUUGUUCACGAAGACACCUGACUUUACGAGGUUUUAUAGGUGACAAGUGUCUAAAUCCUGUCCUCGUAAGUGAUAAAGAGAUCACAGUGAUGUCAUUCUAAGAACAAACGUUUUCCUCUGAGUUAUGUACAACCACAACAAAAAAAUCACGCGGCGACUUCUUAAUUUUUUGCCCGGGGACGAACGGUUCGCGUGGUUUCGUGAUUAAUAGUUUUUAUUCAAACAAAUUCACAUGGGUAUGGAUGAAAUUGUUCCUCAACUGGUACUUGGAACAGCACAAGGUCCAAUCCACCCAGACAAGAGGCAUUUUAAGUUUCCGAACAACCCGUCGAUCUUCUUCAACCCGAACCGCCCGAAACAUCACCAACCACGAACCCCGGAACCCGGCCGGAGACAGCGCAGGAAAGGGAAGGGGUGCGUCAAACUGCAGCUGCACGUAGUGCACAGUUCGGAGGUCAUAAUGGAGACUGAGAAGAGAAUUGAACUCCGGAUUCACAAACUGGAGGUUGGUGACUUCGUUUUUGCUAAGCUGAAAGGGUAUCCUCCAUGGCCUGCUAAAAUAGACCAGAUUGAAAGCGUUAUCACCGGAGGGAAAGAGAAGAAACGCUACAAUAUAUAUUUCUUUGGAACUCAUCAAACUUCAAACUUGCGUGAGUCAGCUCUCUUUCCAUACGAUCAUCCUAACUCGCCACAAAUUGUGGAAAAAUGGGGAAAGAAAUUGAAAUUUCACGACGCUCUCAAGGAACUUGAGAGGGAAAUGAUGGACAAGGUGCAAUAUAUUUACCAACUUAAGAAUACCCCUGAGACACCGUGGUGCAAUGGCUUUAGUAAUGCUUGUGAAGAUUUAGUAAACGAAAUAAAUGUAGAUAAAAAAAAAACCACCAGCAAAAAUCAUAAAAAAGCUUCAUUAGUUGAAAUUGACAAUUGUAUGGAGGAGGAAAUCGUUGAUGAGUCAAGGAGGCUUGGAUAUGAGGUGAUGUGGGUUGAGAGAAUUCCAUUCCCAGAUACCCCCGAAUCACUCAUUGUCCUAAGCCUGUCCUACAACAAAGACUGGGUGAAAGAGGAAAUUGAACGAAUAAAGGAAGAAGAAAGAAUGGCUAAUUGCUAUGUGAAAAUUGAGCCAUUCCCACCCCAGUAUGCCCAUUUGGACCCUGAUAAUGCCAAUAGACAUGCUUUUAAAAAUGAAGUUUUAAAUGAGCCGUCUUAUAAGAAAGAAACACAACAACCUCCUGGGAAGAGUUUUACUACUGAUACUCUCAAACCAGCUGUUCCCAAGGUAGAAGUUAUUUCGCCAGGGAAAAUUAGUAAUGAUGUCUAUCAAGAUUUGUCAUCUGAUGAAGAAAUAAUUGAAACAUGUCCAGUGUGCCGAUUGUCCUUCUUUUCACUUGCUGAUCUGAGAGAUCAUGAAAAAACUGUUCAUGGCUCAGUGUCAACUGCAGAUUCAUUAUUUGAUAGGUUAAUUAGUUAGGAGUACUCAUUUUAAGUAUAAAUAUUUUUUAUUGAUCCAUUUGACUUAAUCACUUAUGUAUAUGGUAUAAAUACAUACAUAGUAUUUUGUAAUUAUUGCUCGUGUGCCUUACAUUUACUUUUUCGAUAUAUGUAAAGUAUUGAACAUACUUCCUCUUAUUUUCUUAUCUUAUUUGUUUUUCUCUCAUGGAAGCUAUAUUUGAGAAAUAUUUCUCCCUUAUCUACAAGUAUUCUGACUCAUGCCUUGGUUUUUAAUUAAGAAUAGUUCUAUUAGCCCAAUUUGGGCAAAUUAUUGUCUCAAACAAUCAUUUCAGUGUCUCUGCCGAGUUUAACAGUUGUUGUAGUAGUCGUAUAAGAUACUGCUACAGUAUUUUAGGCCUCUAAUUUCUUUGUGCACAAAAGAAUCAAAUGAGGUGUUGUAUACACGAUCAUUCAAGUAUACACUCAGCUUAAUCAAUUUGAUAAUUUUAUCUGUGAUUUGUACUGUCCUUUUCCUUAAGCAAUUGUACUCAUGUAAUGGGAGGGUACAGAAUUCCAAAGAGAAGGGCUGUGAGUUUUUGAAGUUUUGUUGGUUAAAUGGCAUGUUCAAUGUUGGUUUUAAUUUGCUGAAUUGCAUAGUUAUUUACGUCAUUGAGCAGAGUAUUUUAAAAAAAUCAAAUUUUCCCUAUUAGAAAUCACAGAUUUUCUGUAGGACCUAUAUUACAGGCCCUAUCACUAUCAUAUGUGAAUCAUGAAUCAUUUCUAUUCUCUAAAUGAAAAACAAUAUUGAUUGAGAGUAGACAUACAUUGUAAUCCUGUGGCCUAUACGUAUUUAUAACUGGCAGUCUGUUUUAAAGUGCUGAGUAGAAGUUAAUUAUGUAUGUCUGAAGAGAGAAGUGAACUGAUAAAAUUUGUAAUAGUUCUUAAUGGUGCAGUUCAUUUAACACAGUAGUGUCAUAACUUCCUGUAUUAUUGAGACAUUUGGGUGGUAGGCAGAAUUGAAAUGGCUGCAAACUUCUCUUAUGAUUGAUUGAGGCUCAUAUGGGACAUUUCAUCCUCACUGUUCUUUCAUGUGAUAACCAUUUUCAUCUUUUUUAUCUGUUUGGUCCAGGUCAUAUGAUGGCCGGCACAAAGCCAUGUUGGGCUCUCCAUAAAAUGUCCGUUUUCCCUAAGAGACAAAAUUAUAAAAAUUAUUAAAUUCAAUCAGUAAUCUGAAAAUAAAUUUGUCAAGAUGAAUGGCAAUGUCAAACUUUGCCAUCUUGAAGGUCUGCUUCGAUGUCAUCAUGUGAUAGUCACUUUGACAUCAAAGCAGGCCCUCAAGAUGAUCAAAUUUUGAUAAUGACCUCACUUCGGUACAAUUUUGCCAA